AUGGAUAUCCUUUGUGAAGAAAAUAUUUCUUUGAGCUCAACUCCGAACUCCUUAAUGCAAUUAAAUGAUGACUUUAAUUCCGGAGAAGCUAACACUUCUGAUGCAUUUAACUGGACAGUAGAUUCUGAAAAUCGAACCAACCUUUCCUGCGAGGGGUACUUCCCACCAACGUGUUUCUCCAUACUCCAUCUGCAGGAAAAAAACUGGUCUGCUUUAUUGACAGCUGUAGUGAUUAUUCUAACCAUUGCUGGAAACAUACUCGUCAUCAUGGCAGUGUCCCUAGAGAAAAAGCUGCAGAACGCCACCAACUAUUUCCUGAUGUCACUUGCCAUAGCUGAUAUGCUGCUGGGCUUCCUUGUCAUGCCCGUGUCUAUGCUAACCAUCCUGUAUGGGUACAGGUGGCCUCUGCCUAGCAAGCUCUGUGCAGUCUGGAUUUACCUAGACGUGCUCUUCUCCACGGCCUCCAUCAUGCACCUCUGUGCCAUCUCACUAGACCGCUAUGUUGCCAUCCAAAAUCCCAUCCACCACAGCCGCUUCAACUCCAGAACUAAGGCAUUUCUGAAAAUAAUUGCUGUUUGGACCAUAUCUGUAGGUAUAUCCAUGCCAAUCCCAGUCUUUGGGCUGCAGGAUGACUCCAAGGUCUUUAAGGAGGGAAGCUGCCUACUUGCAGAUGAUAACUUUGUCCUGAUUGGCUCCUUUGUGUCAUUUUUCAUCCCCUUAACCAUCAUGGUGAUCACCUAUUUUUUAACUAUCAAAUCACUUCAGAAAGAAGCUACUUUGUGUGUGAGUGAUCUCGGCAUGCGGGCCAAGUUAGCUUCUUUCAGCUUCCUCCCUCAAAGUUCCCUGUCUUCAGAAAAGCUCUUCCAGAGGUCUAUCCACAGGGAGCCUGGGGCCUAUGCAGGCAGGAGGACUAUGCAGUCCAUCAGCAACGAGCAAAAAGCUUGCAAGGUGCUGGGCAUCGUCUUCUUUCUGUUUGUGGUGAUGUGGUGCCCAUUCUUCAUCACGAACAUCAUGGCUGUCAUGUGCAAAGAGUCUUGCAACGAAGAUGUCAUCGGAGCCCUACUCAAUGUGUUCGUGUGGAUCGGUUACCUCUCUUCAGCCGUCAACCCACUCGUCUACACACUGUUCAAUAAAACCUACAGGUCUGCCUUUUCACGGUACAUUCAGUGUCAGUACAAAGAAAACAAAAAACCAUUGCAAUUAAUUUUAGUGAACACUAUACCGGCAUUGGCCUAUAAGUCUAGUCAACUCCAAGCAGGACAGAAAAAGAAUUCAAAGAAAGAUGUCCAGACAACAGAUAAGGACUGCUCCAUGGUUGCUCUAGGAAAACAACAUUCAGAAGAUACUUGUACGGACAUCGACACCGCGAAUGAAAAGGUUAGCUGUGUGUGAUAGACUGGUUGUCAUGGCAACCGAGGAGCACAAGCUGAACAAGUUUCCCCCUACUGGGGGGAAAAAUAGAAUGACUGGAAAAAAAUAAGCCAGUCUAGUGGAACCAACAAUAAUAUCUACAUGCCUCAUCACAUUGUGUCAAUGAAAAGCAGGGCUAAAUGCCACAAAAUGUGCACUUGGAAAAUGUUCUCCUGGCAUUUCAGCUGUGAGCUUUAUGAUAGUUUUAACAUUGUCAAUGAUGUCUUUAAAAUAAUUAGCUUUUACUGUACAAUUAUAAUGAGGCCCUAAAUAACUCUAAACUGACUUUUAUGAUCAAAUAGAAACCUUGCUGCUAUGUUG